AUGCAUCUAAUCCUAACAGGCGCCACCGGCCUCGUUGGCUCCGCCGUUCUAGACGCCAUGAUCAAGACCAAAGAUAUCACCAAGAUCUCCAUCAUCAGCCGACGACCGGUCAAGAUGGUCGAAGACGCCAAGGACCAUCGCAUCAACGUCAUCUUGCACAAGGAUUUCGAGAAGUACGAUAGCGAAGGCGCCACCACCACCCCUCUCUCCUCCCAGUCCCUCUUGUCAAGACUCACAACCCCCUGGUACGCCAUCAUCAAAGGCCAAGCCGAACUCGCCCUUUCCCAGCUCUCUUCCACUCCUUCCCCUUCCUCUCCUGCUUCUUCCAACCCCUUCGUGGUAUACAGCAUGAGACCAGGUUACGUAGACCCCGCCUCCCACGCCUCUAUCCACGCUUACAUUCCCCAACUUUCCGCUACCAUGAACCUGCUGGCUUGCGUCUUAGGACCGGCUAUUAGGACGGGAUACAAGAAGCUUUGGAGUCCGACUGAGGAGCUGGGGAAGUUUUGUAUUGAGAUGGCGAUGGGGAGGUGGGAUAAUACUAUAGCCAGGGAAACAGAAGGGAUGAAGGUGGGGGAUAGUGGGAGGAACGGGUUUGAGAAGUUGGAGGGUGGAGGCGUGGUGAUUGGGAAUGGGACGUGGAGUAGGGUUGCUAGAUUGGGGUAG